AUGAGAUGCCGCCUGUCUAUGUCUGAACCGCCUAUGCAGCGCAGCAAACGCGAACGUGUCAACCCGACCCAAGUCCCCUCCCCUGGAAGGAGGCUGCUUGAGCUAAUCAACAGGCGACUACGCAGAAAAAUAGAUAGAAUGGAGCACAUGCUUGACUAUAACAGCAAGCACCUUAGGUUAAGCCAGUACGGGCCAUCGAACCAACCUGGAGCCACUUUCCAAAACUAGACUCACUCAAGAUGGAAAAUGGCCGAGAAUGGUUGGAUGAUGCGAACCACCCGGACUCUAAUGCGGGAUCUCGAGAAUCAGCUCGAGCAACAUGAGAAGCAGGCGUGGAAUACAAUAUCGCCACCUGCCGCCAAGGAAGUCCUAGACAUCGCACCAUUUGACAACGAUGACCACAUUGAUAUAUCCACUAAAUGGGUAGGGCUGAAAAGAAUGAGAAUCGACGAAUAUGCCCUCAAUUGA